UCGGUUCUCCAACCAGGUCAACGGGCUUAUUGUGGCGUGAAUAGGUCUGAAAUUUGUUACAUAUCUAUGAUGACGAUAUGCGGGACCGAGGUCUCCCAUCAACCACCGGAGUACUCCCCCAACUCACCCACUUCACUCUUACCAACAUCCUAGCAUCUACAAUCUAUACAACCUAUACUCCAUCACCAUGCCCCGUUCCUCCCCCGACCUCCUAACCCACUUCCUCCACGCCCAAGAAACCCUCUACGGCCCCAUCACCACCCUCCCCUCCUCCGCAUCGACCUGGACCCCACCCCCGCACUCGGGCGGCCACCAAGGCCGCUACCUCUGGACCGACGCCAUCGGCGUCCUCAACUUCCUCACCCUCCACCACAUCCACCCCUCCCCUCCAUCUCCAACCCACUACCUCACCCUCGCGACCCGCCUCAUCCACACCGUCCACAACACCCUCGGCCGCACCCGCACCAACCCCCCAACUUACCUCCCCAAUGCCUCCCCCGCACACCCACUCUCCGGCGGGCUCCGGAUCGGAAAACCCUCAUCCACGGGUCCCGACAGCGAUGGCCAAUACCAUCAUUACCUGACGCUGUGGAUGUUCGCGCUGAACCGCACCAGCGUGGCGAGCGGGGAGGGGAAAUGGAAUGAUCUGGCGGUGGAGUUGGGGAAGGCGAUUCAUCCGAGAUUCUUCGUGGGACAGAAGCGGGAUCGGAUGGUGUGGAAGAUGGAUGUGGGCUUGGAGAAGGUGUUGGUGGGGAGUGAGGGGAAUUUGGACCCGUUGGAUGGGUUUGUAGUCUUUCGAUUGGUGCAGGCGUAUAAGCAGAGUACUAUCCCCCAGGAUGUGGGAGAUGGAAAAGGGGUCCUAGAAGACGAGAUCGAGGAUUACGCCCGAAUCCUGAAGCGAAAAGGAAGACAGCGAGUCGCAGCCGAUAUGUUAGAUCUGGGCAUGACGUUGUGGACGGCGCAUUGGUUUACGGGACGGGAGGAAUGGGCGGAUGAGUUGGUGGGGAGGGGAGGGGAGGUGGUUUACGACCUCUUCGAAGACGACCGCUGUCUCGACCGGGAUAUGCGGUUCCGAUUAGCCUUCCGCGAAUUCGGAGCGGCAAUGGGCAUUCGCUGCGUGGCGGAGCAAGAGGCUGAGAAAGACCGUGCCGUGGAUCUGAAGGUCUAUGCGGAUCGCAUUGUGGAGUGCUGGAAGCCGCAUAUGAAUGAUGCGGAGGAGGAUGAGCUCACGCCUAUUACGCAGGUGAUGUAUGCGUCGGCGUUGAUUCCAGGCGCGUUUCAACGGGGCUUCUUUGGUCCGGAGCCCGUGGUGCCAGAGCGGACAUUGUAUGACUAGAGUGAAGACGUAGUAUUCGUGUAUAGUGUACUCUAC